GGUAUACGAAACCGCGCUCGAAGUCACGAAUUGAACGAAUCAGUGCAUCCGAAGAUGCUGUGCGCGGCGAUGUCGCUUCUCUUCGUCCUUUUCUGUGCCUUCUGCCUCUACGAUUGCCUCAAGCCGCGCAAUUUUCCUCCUGGUCCAAAAUGGCUGCCGCUUGUGGGCUGCUUCCUCGGGUUCCGACGCUUGAGGGCGAAAAAUGGAUACGCUUAUCUAGCAUUUCAGGAACUGACGAGGACCUACGGACCAAUCUUGGGCCUGAAGCUGGGAAACCAAAAGGUGGUUGUGAUCUCGACGCACGACCUGGUGAAGAAAGUUCUCCUGCGAGACGAGUUCAACGGCAGACCCGACGGCUUCUUCUUCAGGGUUCGUUCCUUCGGAAAAAGAAAAGGGAUUCUGUUUACCGAGGGCCCACGAUGGUCUCAAUGUCGCCGUUUCACCAUGCGCCACCUCAGGAUGUUUGGAUUAGGCCAGUCGGUCAUGGAGAAGCAGUUGACCGUCGAGGCAGAGAACCUCGUGAGGUAUCUGCGUCGUGCCAGCGCGAUAGCUCCAGUUCCCAUGCACACCGCCUUCGACAUCGCGGUACUGAACUCUCUUUGGUCCAUGUUUGCUGGUCACAGGUUCGACUACGAGAAUGAAAAGCUGACGGAGAUGCUGGAAACCGUACACGAUGCCUUCAGAUUGAUGGACACCAUGGGUGGGAUAGUGUCUCAGAUACCAUUCCUCCGCUUCGUCAUACCAGAGUUGUGCGGUUACAAUGAACUAAUGCGAAUCCUGAGGAAGCUUUGGAGCUUCCUGGACGAGGAGAUAAGCGUCCACGAGAAGCGUUUGUCAUCGAACGAGCCUCAGGAUCUCAUCGAGGCCUUCCUCUUGGAGAUCUCCUCCAACGACGGCAAGCGUAGCGAGACAAUUUUUGAUCGAGAGAAUUUACUGGUACUAUGUCUGGACCUGUUUCUGGCUGGCUCGAAGACCACGACCGACACUUUGGCGACCACGUUGCUAUUUCUGUCCCUGCACUCGGAGUGGAUCAAAACGCUUCGAGAUGAGUUGGAUAAUGUUGUGGGUAGAUCAAGGGCCCCUGCUUUGGAAGAUUAUCCGUCGAUGCCGUUGAUGGAAUCGUUCCUUGCAGAGGUGCAGAGAUUUUUGAUCCUGGCACCUCUCGGAGUACCUCACAAGACCAUGGAGGAUGUAACUCUCAACGAAUAUCGCAUACCAAAGGAUACAAUCGUCCUUCUGGAUUUUCAUAGCGUUCACAAUGACGAAGCAUACUGGGAUCGCCCGCACGAGUUUCGACCGCAACGAUUUCUGGACGAAAGUGGCCGAUUCAGUCAGAAAAAUGCGAGCAUGCCUUUCGGUUUAGGCAAGAGACGGUGUCCCGGAGAAAUGCUAGCCCGCAGUUCCUUAUUCUUGUUCUUCGCCUACGUUAUACAUUAUUUCGACAUCGAAAUUUCACCUGACCACGACGAGCCAGACCCGAAUGGUUACGAUGGUUUCACUAUAUCGCCGAAACCGUAUUACUUGAAGCUCACCGCGAGAUCCGACAUCGCGAGCCACGUAAACGGAGAUUCGGAAAGUAUCGUGAGUAAAUUUAUUUUCACAAUCGUAACCAAAAUUUAGUUUAAACGCAACAUAGAUAUUAGCGUACAAAAAUAUUUAAAUGGACAAAGUAUAUUUAUUUAUAUGCAACGGAUGAAAAUAUUUUAAAGAACGCUAAUGCUUGGACCGAGAUUCAUUUUAAAUAAAGGUGUUCUUAUCGCCUCGAUGACGUCUAAUUUCCAGCGGCAAGAAAACAUUUAGCAGCCAGCGUUGGGGCUCCGUAUACAUAAAAGGACUGAAUCGCCACGUGGCGCGACGCUGACGGUACAUUUGGACUUCCGCGAAACGAGAUGAUUUCGACGAACACGUGAAACGACGCCUAAAGCGACUUUCCAGCGGCAGGAACAAUAAACAAAAUUUGAGAGAAAAAUUUGUUUAAUUCAAGCAAACAGGCGUCUAUCCGCGUGUCGAGUUCCUCCGAACGGAAAACGUCUAACCGAUGCGCGUGGAAACAUCGUUUAAUUAUUUCUUGGUUACUCGUGCUUAAAGUUUCCGCACCUUAUGCAAACAAAGGACUAUCUUAUCUUAUGUUUGGAUCGUACUGGACCGAGUUUCCGCCAGUGCAUCCCUAUCACCCUAGUUAUAAACAAAUCCUCCGAGGCUACCGCGACUCUCAGAUCACCUGGCAGAGAAACGGAACGUUGUCGACGAUUCCUAUUCUCAGCCACCUCUGGCGAAGCCUGAGUGUUUCUUGGGAAAGAUAAGAAAAUAUAUGACAUCUUUCUGUAGAAAAUUUCCUUAUCUUUAUUUUAAUAACU